AUGAUCAUCAUCUACUAUUUCAUAUUUAUUUCAAGCGUUUAUUCACUUCAACUUGAUAUACGUUAUCCACAAUUCUUCCACCAGUCCGCACGUGAUUCGACUGUGGAAAUUAGCGAAGGAAAAGUAGCAGGCAGUUUCAUUGCAUUUAUCAAUUUAAUCAACGAAACGAAUCUGACGUUGAACGAAUGGAUAUUGAAUACAACGAAUUCUGAUUUCAAGGUCCAAUCGAAUGGAAUCUCUUAUGUAUUAAUCAACACGCAAACCCUCGAUCGUGAACGAGAAAAUUUCUAUGAUUUUUCGAUUGUUGCUCAACAUCUGAUUCCGCCAUUUGAGAAAGUUUCGCGAAAUAUUCGUAUUCGCAUACUCGAUAUCAACGAUUGUACACCGACAUUCAAUCAAACAAAAUACCAAACCACUCUCGUGCCCAAUGAAACAACAUUCACUGUCACGGCAUUUGAUGGCGAUGAGCCAAAUACUGACAAUAGUCGAAUAUCAUAUUCGUUAUCGAAUUAUCAAGAUCUCUUUCGUAUCAAUGAAGUCACCGGUCUAAUCGAAUGUAUUAAAAAUCUAGAAACAUAUGAACGCUAUGAAAUCAUCGUCGUUGCACGUGAUCAUGGUAAACCGCCGCUGUCAUCGACGGCAUUAGUACAAAUUCAAUUGGCUUCCAGGAAAUUAGAUAAACCCAAAUCAACAUCAUCAGCAUCGUGGUUUUCGAUGAAUCAAAGUCCAGAGAAUGUGUUCAUCUUAGCUGGAAUUUUAUCAAGCUGUUUGGUAUUUCUAUGUCUAUUAGUAUGUUUAGUAUGUUGUGUUAAUUAUAAACUUAAACGACGAAAGGACGGAAGUUUAACAGAAAAGAAAUUCUCAUCUACAACAUCGAUCAAUUCAAAUAAUGAUUUUCAACAAGCGUCAGUUUAUGAUGCAAUCAACAUGUUUCCAAAUACGUACUAUUUACCUGUUAAACAACAGAAUGAUUUUAUGGAAAAUGUCAAUAACUCGAAUAAUAAUGAACUUUCAUUACAAAUUCCUCAUUCAUCGUCGACAACAAGUAGUCCAAUAUCAGGCGGCAAUGAUCACGGUACGAAAAUCGGCUCCGAUGAUGGCUGUUAUUGCUCAAGUGAUAUGUCAUCUGAACAAUCGAAUAAUGUACUUCUACUUAAUCCUUCAUCACUUCGAUUGUCAAGUUUUAAAUUAACAUCGAAACAAGUUCGUUUCAACGAACAAAAUCAUCAUAUCGAUGGUGUUUUGAAACGUUUUGAAGAUCUCUAUGAAUCACAAACGAACAUAGACCCUUGUGCUUCCUACGUUUAA